AUGUCCAAAGCGUAUCCAUUGAUGCGAUCACGAGACGUUCCUGGCGUGCUGUGCCGCUGGCGCGGAAGUCAUUCCUUGGAUAAUAUUCCCACGGCAACCGUUAGUAGUCUGGACGAUGCUUACACAAAUAAUCUCCCAUCCGAAAUACGCUCGAAAUUGAUGAAAAACCAGUACUGUUUCGAUCGAGCUGAGGCUAUCAUCAAGUUGGAAAACAAAUCGAAAAAUACUUCGAAUGGCGGAUCCAAUGAGUCCAAAGCAGAAGUGAAAUCAGAAGCACCCGAUCGUCCUUUGGGUCACGUGACCGAUGAAGAUCAAAUUCGAAUAAGAAACUGUGAAAAGCGGAAGGUAUAA